GGGUUACGAUGUAGCAUCCGGAGCAGAAGAUGGCGCUGAUGCACCAAUAAGCCGAAUUCCAACGAAACAACUGAAACACGACUAACAAACCAGCGUUUGUGCGAUCACAACGUUCGUUCCUCUUAGUUUACUCCAAAAUGCCAGCCAAAAGACGUCUACAAAUGGGCCAUGUCGCUCCACCACCUACCAAAAUACCAGUGUCUGUGAAAAGCAAACAACACUUGACUCAUACCGGUACUAAAAGUUCCCGGGCAGUUAAGGCCAACACCACCACGCCGAAAAAAGAUGCACCACUAACAGAGUUGGAAAAAUUGGACUCUCUGCGAUCUAAAUUGGAGCAAUCACUGGAUGCGUUCAUCAGGGCCAGGAAAGAGCUAGAGGAAAUAUUCCCAACAGAGGGCAGCAAUGAACAGGAACAUUUACUGUCUGCAUCUACACACUUGAAAGCUGAGCUGAAGCGGCACCGAGAACUGGCAUCCAGAAUAGAGACAUCCGUAAAAGGAAAUUCCAAGCAAAAGAAUCCCAGCCAAGGGUGGCUAUGCUUAUCCUAUAGAUUGAAGAGCCUGGUCAUUCAGGAAGGACUUACAGUAGAGCUGCUUCGCUUCCACAUUGUGGUUCACUUCCUGCUGCCCAGGGAACACCUCGGUGUCUUGCAAGUGGAGUUGGAGGAGGACAGUUGCUCCUGCAACCCGGAUGAGUUAGGCCUGGUACACGCACACAAAAACUUUUUUUAUCUGCUCCAGACCCCACACAGAAAGAUUAAAAAAUUGGCCAUUCAACAGUUUUGGUCAUCAUGUGUGUUGUGUGUGCAGAGAAUCUCAACACAGCAGACCAAACACACACAGAUUCUGUUGGAACCGCAGAUCUUGAAGUCAUGUGAAAAGAAAACGAAGAAGAAACACUUCCGGAUACGCGGUGAUGUUUAUAUAUGUGUACAUGGACAUCCUGAACACCGAGCUUGUAUAGGCAUUUGAUGCUGUGUAUUUAGUCUAUUGUACUUUAUCACAUUUAUGAAACUAUAAAAAGAUAGAUUAGUAAAGCAAGAAGCGGGGUUCAAAAGAGAGAUGAUGUGGGUAAGAAUAAAAGUAAGAGUGUCGCUAUUUUAAA